AUAAAAUGGGCUUUGAUUCGCAUUCCCCGGUCGUGAAUGGCGUGUAUGUUUAUUUAUUCCUCAUAUUUACAUCGAACACGGUGCAUAACCAAGAAGUUACAACUGUCCCUGCCAUACCAGAAAACGACACUGUCACUGUACCGCUUUGUAAAUCAUCACAGUCCCCCUCGAAUUGUACGAAUUUAAACAGCGACGCCCUAUCAGACGAGUAUCCAUCUUGGGAAUCGCCGGAAGCGCCUAUAGAUGGCGCUGCCGCAAGCAAUUUCCCUCAGGGUUCCAAAAAUGUUAACAGACCUCUAGCGGUACACCUUAUCCAGAAGUUCUCCACGUGGACGAGGCCUUUCUACGAGAAAUUCAGCAGGAUCAAGGACCUGUUGGGCCACCCCGAUCACCCCAAUUACGGGGGAGUGCCUAAUCCGCAGCAGAUUUGGGAAAAGCUCCACGAGAAAGGACAUAACUUUCUGACAGGUAUUAAUGGUGCAGUGUAUGGUUUGGCACCCGUAGAAAAUCACGAUUAUCCUUUCGCUUACAGAGGUCUGACGACACACAAAGGAAGGUCUGGUAAAAGUCAAAGUUACGAUUUGGAAUAG